AAAUUAAUAUUCAAGAAAGUGGACAUGAAGGUUGGCAAUGUAAUUAUUGCCAAGUUGAAAAUAUACAUGCAUCAGAAAUAAAUAUGAAUACACAUCUGAUAUUAAUUUGUACAAGUAUUCCACUUAAUAUUAAGCAAGAUGUUCUUCCUAUACCAAAUAAAAAAAAACAAACUGAACAUGAUAUUGCUAGUGGUUUACAAUCACAAAUUAAUAGCAAAUUUCAACAUGUUAAUAAAAUAGAUCCUGAUCAAGAACAACUAU